CAGACCACUAGAUAGAUGUGACCGUCAUAGAGGCGGAGGGUCAGGGCUUGCGAGGCAUUUUGCAUUUUUGGACAUCGGCAUAGGCCCGAUAUGUUUUGUUGUUACUAGUGUUACGUAUGCAAUCAUUCAGUUCCGAUCGCUGAAAAAUCUGCAAUCCCGAGAUUUUCUGUGAUGCACAGUGUGUUUUUCUCAGUCUCCGCUUCCAGUUCCUUGAAUUAGCCGACGUGAUGAAUUCCCAAAUGACCGCGCAUCAAUCCCCUGCUGUGAUCGUCGUCAAUCAGAAUACUACCACCCAUAAAUUGGAUGGAGGUUCGCGCCUAAUUCCUCAUGUGCCAAGUCUGUGCCGAUGUUCGCAACUUGCAAGUCGAGGGCGGUUCCGCCGCCAAUUAUCUUAUCUCCGACCACAGGAGCCACGCGUGACGAACCACAUUGGACUGCAAGUGAGACAAUGGUGGUUGAACCCACGGGAUCGGAACCAUCUGCAAGCUAGCCAGCCUGCGUGCCUGUCUGCAAGCCUGCCUGCCUGCCUGCCUGCCUGCCUGCCAGUCUGCCUGCCUGCCUGACAUAAUUACAACAGUGAGUAAGCGCCCAAUUCGUCUUGUCCUAUCGGGUGAUACGGAUUCUGGCUGAC